AUGGCUCUGGCCCCCAGAAUGUGGCUACAGGCGACGGCCCUCAAAAUAAUAACAAUGCAGGUGGUAUACAAAUUAAUAAUGGCAGUUUCUCUGGAUAUAGGAUUAGCCAAUCCUUUCCUCGACCAAGUCAAGGCUGAGAAGCUACAAGGGGAAAACCAAAGUGCAUUGCCUACUUCUAGUCAAGGACAGCCACGCCACCGCGAAGAUUUCCAAGUAGCAGUCAUCUGUGCUCUAGCACUUGAAUACGACGCAGUUUCAUUGCUCUUUGAUCAAUUUUGGGAUGAAGACGAUGAGCCUUAUGGGCGCGCCCAGGGAGACACAAACAUUUACACGACCGGGAGGAUCAGCAACCACAACGUUGUGCUGGCGCUUUUACCCAGCAUUGGCACAGCUGCUGGGGCAGGAUCAGCUGCUAGCUUUCGUUCAAGCUAUUCUGGUUUGAAAACUGCGUUUCUCGUGGGAAUAUGUGGUGGCGUCCCAGAUACGGGCCAAGGGGAAAUCCUGCUCGGUGACGUGGUCAUCAGCAAGACCGUGAUCCAGUACAGCUUGGGGAAGCAAUAUCCCAGUGCGUUCGUGACCAAGGAUACUGUCAACGACAAUCUCGGCCGUCCGAGUAAAGCUAUCCGCUCCUUGAUCACCAGUUUCGAAACUGAGCGUGGAAGAAGACGUCUGCGGCAGAGAGCCGGGCAAUAUUUGAAGGACUUACAACACGCAGCCAUGGAAGAGGGACAUCGCCACGACUAUCAAUAUCCAGGUGUUACAGAAGACAAACUUUUUGCGCCGGCCUAUCGCCACAGACAUCGAGGGCUACAGACGUACAACUGUCGUUGCUAUGAGGAAAUAGACAGCUUUUGUGAUGAGGCUGCCCAUGCAUCUUGUACUGAACUCUGUUGCAAUGAGGAACAUGUUGUACCAAGAAAGCGUUUGGAGAUGAAGAAGAGGAUGGAGCCAGAUCGUGUGCAGUGUCCUGAAAUCUUCAUCGGCUGCGUGGCAUCUGGAGAUGUGGUGAUGAAAUCUGGCGAGCACCGUGACCAGAUCGCCAAACAGCGAAACGUGAUUGCCUUUGAGAUGGAGGGAGCUGGUGUUUGGGACGAGGUGCCAUGCAUCGUCGUCAAGGGAGUUUGUGACUACGCUGACAGCCACAAGAACAAGACAUGGCAGCCAUUUGCGGCGGCAACGGCGGCGGCUGUGCUCAAAGCAAUGCUGAUACAAUAUCCAGUGACGGAUUUUCCAUCCUCUCAUCCCUCGUUUGCUGCGAUUGCGGGAUCAAACAGGCGAUAGACCAGUAGCUGGCAGAUUAUCUCAAACAUUGGACUGUGACCAC